UCGUGAUUCGUGUUGUCUUUGUCAUUGUGUUCUGAUCUUCUUCUUCUUCCUCUUUGCAUCGCUUCUUCCUUCAUCACUUAUCUUCAUCUGCUUCUGUCACAUCAUCAAGCAUUCUCACAUCGCUUCUCAGUUUCUCGUUUUCCCAAUCGCAGCUAAAAAAUCCUCUGUACCCUUUUACCCUUUUCUCAAUAAGAAGAAAUUAGGAAACGCAACAAUGGCUCAAGCGGUUGAAGAAUGGUAUAAGCAGAUGCCCGUCAUCACGCGCUCCUAUCUCACCGCUGCUGUUGUCACCACUAUCGGAUGCUCCCUUGAUAUAAUUUCUCCGUAUCAUUUGUACUUGAACCCUAUAUUGGUGGUGAAGCAAUAUCAGUUUUGGCGCCUGGUUACUAAUUUCUUGUACUUUCGUAAAAUGGACUUGGAUUUCCUGUUUCAUAUGUUUUUUCUUGCUCGUUACUGCAAGCUUCUUGAGGAGAACUCGUUCAGGGGGAGGACUGCUGAUUUCUUUUACAUGCUCUUAUUUGGUGCCACUGUAUUGACUGGAAUUGUUCUUCUUGGGGGCAUGAUACCUUAUUUAUCAGAGUCGUUCGCAAAAAUAAUAUUCCUUAGCAACUCAUUGACAUUUAUGAUGGUUUACGUGUGGAGCAAACAAAAUCCCUUCAUUCACAUGAGCUUCCUGGGUCUCUUUACUUUCACUGCUGCCUACCUUCCAUGGGUUCUCUUGGGGUUCUCUGUACUCGUUGGUGCUAGUGCUUGGGUGGAUCUACUGGGAAUGAUUGCUGGCCAUGCAUAUUAUUUUCUUGAAGAUGUUUAUCCUCGGAUGACAGGUCGUAGGCCACUAAAAACACCAUCAUUCAUCAAAGCACUAUUUGCAGAUGACCCAGUUGUUGUUGCACGGCCUGCUAAUGUCAGGUUUGCUCCCCCACCUGCUGAAGAACUUCACCAAGAUUGAAUGAAUGCCCAUCAAAAUGGUUAGAGGAUUAGCAAAGGAACAGCAAAGCGGUUGACCGUGUAAUAUAUAGAUUUUAAACAUCUUUUUUUCGCGUGCAUUUGUUAAUUAAUUAGGAUUUAAGGGGCAACUAUGUCGAAUGUUCAGGGUUUUAACUGAAUGAGAUCCUCUUUUCUCAUCGUAGUUUGUCAGACACCACCUUGUAGAUAUGAUAUUAUAUCCUCACGUAGUCCACAAAGUUUUUUUUAAGCUAGUUAAGUCAACAAAUUUGGUUCUUCUA